CAGCUUUUCCAGGCUUUUGCAGAUACUCGGGUUUGUGAAAAUCAUCUCGCGGCUUCAGUACACCACGAAGCCGAGCCCCCUCGAGUCGCGACGUUAUGGGGGUCGUAACGUCUGAAAGGGCGCAGCCGAGUACCCGCCCCGGAGACGCGGGCACUCGGCUAUUGGGUUCGGGUACUCGGCAGCUUCUCCAAACAUUUUUGGGUGCUCGGGAUCGUGAGAAUCCGCUGGCGUUUUUCAGUACACCACGAGGCCGAGCUUAUUGCAUUCGCACAGGCUGCAUCGUACUGGAACAUAGGGGGAGUCAGUGCGUUUUCCUUACGGCGAAGCCACAGCGCGACUUGCGUAGUCCCAACUUGAUCAGAGCGAUGCAAAGGAAUAGAAGCGAUGCGACCAGUGCGUACUGUUCUGAUGGGCGAGGCGACAAAUGUCGCGUAUGA